GGCAUAGCGUUUCUUGGAAUUGGACUCUGGGCAUGGAAUGAAAAAGGAGUAUUGUCGAAUAUCUCUUCAAUCACAGACUUGGGAGGUUUUGAUCCUGUUUGGCUGUUCCUGGUUGUGGGAGGAGUUAUGUUCAUUUUAGGAUUUGCAGGAUGUAUUGGAGCUCUUCGAGAAAACACUUUCCUUCUCAAAUUUUUUUCUGUCUUCCUGGGAAUUAUUUUCUUCCUGGAGCUCACUGCUGGGGUUCUGGCAUUUGUUUUCAAAGACUGGAUCAAAGACCAGCUGUAUUUCUUUAUAAACAACAACAUCAGAGCUUACCGGGAUGACAUCGAUUUACAAAACCUCAUAGACUUUACCCAGGAAUACUGGCAGUGCUGUGGGGCUUUUGGAGCAGAUGACUGGAACCUAAAUAUUUACUUCAAUUGCACAGAUUCCAAUGCAAGUCGAGAACGAUGUGGUGUACCGUUCUCAUGUUGUACGAAAGAUCCUGCCGAAGAUGUCAUCAACACUCAAUGUGGAUAUGAUGCUAGGCAAAAACCAGAGGUUGAUCAACAGAUUGUAAUCUACACAAAAGGCUGUGUGCCCCAGUUUGAGAAGUGGUUACAAGACAACUUAACCAUAGUGGCUGGUAUUUUCAUAGGCAUUGCGUUGCUUCAGAUUUUUGGGAUAUGCCUAGCCCAGAAUUUGGUUAGUGACAUUGAAGCUGUCAGGGCCAGCUGGUAGAACUGCUGAAUGAACCAACCGCUGUAAGACACUGGACUCCUGAGACCCUCCCCUGCCUCCAGUCUGCUAUGCUGUUGCCAAGCUCCAGCUCCACCGAUGAUGCUUUCAAGUCUGCAGUCCCGACGACUGAUAUUGUCAUGAAAUUGCUUCCGUGGGGGUGAACCUAGGGAGGGUUAUUAGGACCUGCUGCUCACUGACAGAUUUCAAUUUAAAACAAAAAAUGACCCAUUUGAAAGCUGUUGAACCGUGCAUCUACUGUAGCCAUGGUUUGUGAACAGUUGAACACUUACCAAAAAGAAAACUCAAACAGAUGUGCGUAAAUUGAAACAGAAUUACAUUGCGAUCUGUGGAAAAUGCUGUUUUUUUCCUCUCCUUGUGUUAUCUGAGGGCUGUCAGAGGUGGUGGAAGGAGUUGUGUCUUCAUCGUACCCAGAAGGGACAGUCAUUUUGUCCUCAAAUGAAAGGAACUGCUAUAUUUUCUAAAAUGAAACCCAUUGACAAGGGGCAAUUUUUUUUUCAUCUCCGACUAUAAAUGUUAAGAAAUUCUAAGAACCAAGAAGAAGAGAACUUGGGUCUUUUAAGUGUCCUGCUCCCGAAUUUGUGAACAGAGUCUUUAAAUAACUUGUGAGAAGCAUCACCUGCUGUUCCAGGUUCUUCCCCUUUUGCCAGGGAAAGGAAUCAAUAUGACAUCUGCACUGAGCCAAUGAGUUGGAAGACUUCAGGGUGCCGUAUCUUAGCCGAGCAAUCUUCCUAAGCAAGCAUGGGGUUUAUUUCAAAUGGAAGUAAGAGAAGAAAUUGUAUUAAAUUAAAUGGUGUUGCCUAAUGUUCUCCCUGCACCACCCCCCCCAAAAAAAUCGGUUGCUGUAUUCUUUAGAAAUUUCUGGAAUACUCUUUAUUUGGGGAUUAUGGGGCUAAGGCUUUGAUACAAAUCUUAUAAAUUUUCCUUUAAAACAUUUUUUUUUCAGCUGGAACCUUGACUUUUCCUUUUUAAUGAUUCUUACCUGCAUGAAUUGUGACUUGAGAUCCACCAGCCAUUACUUCCUUCCUAAUGUCCUAACAUUCCCAGAAAUAUUUCAAAUUGUAAUUUGGUCAGAACUGACCCAUUUCUUUUUUAGUGCAUGGCUGUGUGAAGUUCUGGCUUGUUCCUCAUAUCCUCGAAGUGAAGGGAUCAGCCUUGACAUUCGAAAUGCUUCCAGGAACUCAGCCACACUGUCCCUGGGGUCCUUUCUCAUGACCCCUCCCCAGCUCCUUCCUUCCUUCCCCCAAAUGGAAUUAAAUGCCAAUGGGAAGCAGCCCCAACAGGCUCAAAAGGCUUGUCUUCUUUUUUUUCUAAUGGAAAAGAAAGAAAUCAUGUGUGUGGUCUCCAGUUACCUCCGUCCUCUUCCAGGAGACUUAAUAGCUAGAAUGAUAAUGAAGCACAAGUGUCCAGAGCCAGGACUGCUGUCCAAGCCUGGAGGAAGGGCCCCAUGAUGCUGUCUUGGUGCUGCCACCCCAACAUGACCUAGUGCCAGUCAGAAGGCCAGAGAAAGCCUCCCGGCUUCCACCCCCAGUGUCUUGUAUAAGUGUCUAUCAGGGCAUUUCUCCCCUGGGUAGCAGGGAUGCUACAGGUGCCAGGGACUUCUCCUAUAGUAUGCCAUCAUUCCAGAUUGCCCAUUCGGCCAGUGCACUUUGGAGAGAGAUUGAGCUUGUGUUUUCCUACUUUGCACCCUACCCUUCCCUGUUCCAGCCCUGGGUAUGAUUAAUUUUUGAAAUGCUCAUUAAAAGAAGAAAAUGCUCCAUCUACAGCCUUCUAAAAAGUAAUCUAUUCCAUAUUUUGUGUGCGUGUGUGUGUGUACGUGUGCGUGUGUGAGUGUGUGCGUAUCUGUACAUGUAUAGUUAGAUAGGUUCAUUCAAUGUCCCGGUGAUAUACGAUGACCUUAGUCCAUCUCCAGCCCCCAAAUUAUUAUUUAGUGGCAUCAUCCCCCGAUGGUGAAGACUUGAGCUCUCCCAGUUGCACUUUUGCCUUUUUUCCAUUAAUUACCUCAUGAACUCCAUUGACCUUUAGGCUCAUUGUCAGGCAACAUCCCUACGCUUCAGAGAAUGCAGCAAAAGACCAACAGCAAGUCCAUGUGAGCUUCAUUUUUUUAAAUCAUGCAUUAUUUUUUACACUCGGAAAGUGUUUGUAAUAAAGAUCGUCCUUAAUAAACCUGGUUCCACCUUUC